GUUAACUCCUAUCAACUACAUUCUCUCUCUUAUUUACUCUACAUCCACUUCUCUCUCUAACUUUAGCAUCGGAGGAGGUCCCAGGAAACCCCCUGUGGACCUUUCUUGCAGGACUUCGAGGACCGCCUCUCACCUACGAAGGGCCGCACGAAGCCAGUGAAGCCUCACAAAACCGCCUGGUACGAACCAGGCCUAAACAGUUUUAAAAGUGAAAACUCAAUUCAACGAUUACUGACGGGUUCACGAACAUAAUCAUAUAUUAUGCUUAUGAACACCCACAUCGUAAUGUUAUCGAUCGAAAGUUUACAUGCAAAUAUAUCUCCAUAAAGACUACUUACAUCCAUGAAUAUUAUCCAUAUUGUUAGGUUUAUAUUGCGAUAAAAACUAAUAACAUUCAUAAAUUAUUCAUGUUAUUUUGGUUAGAUAAAAAAUUGCUUCGUUUUCUUUUGAAGGGUACGAAUCGAGUUGAAAGCGGGUUGGACUUUGACAAAAUCUAAACCCGACCCAACUCAUCAAUUUAAAAAACAGGUAACACUUGUACCCGAUUCAAAAUUCAUUCAUACUAGAUUUUACUCACUUUGAUCAUAUUGGAUACCCUUAGGUCAGGAUGGCCAUUUGAACUAGCCCCGCCGGGUAUUACCCGACCUGAACCGCGAUGGGGAGGGUAUUACCGCACUAGUGUGGGGUGGGGCAUGGGUAUCAACUUCCGACCCCCCCCCCCCCUCGUUUUUGGCCCCUUCCAGGUCAAUUUCUUACGUCAUCCCUUCAUAAUGUCCUAUUUCAACUUUUCUUCAACUAGUUAAACUUGAUCUUUCAACUAGAUAGACUCAAUUACCCAUUAUAUUAUCACUAUUAUUCAUUUAUGAAGUUUUUUGUCGUUCGUUUUAUCGUAAAAAGUAAAAUUUUGCAUGUAUUUUUUUCAAAUAACAUGUAAAAAUGAGUCGCCCCACCCCAUACCCACACGUGUAUUACACUCCCCGACCACUAGUUGCAUGGGACGGAACAUAGGUAUUAAGGUACCCGCCCGCCCUGACCCAUUAUCCAUUGCCAUAACUACCGGAGGUUUGAGUUUAAUUGCCAUUCCCAAGAGGGGAGAGUAGGCUGUGGGCCGUACAUCUUGUUAGCUAGAUCUUACAGAGGCCUGGACCUUGUGGCUGCAACAGUACAUAUAUGGCCAACUAUUGGGCCUAAGUAAAUUUGCUGAACAACCCAUUGGAGGAAAUUUGACGGGGUCAAGAUUGUGGAAAAACACGGUUGACUUUGGCCACUGCCGAAAUAAAACGGUGGAAGGGUAAAAUUGUCCGGAUAGAAAAUUUUAUCAAAAGAAAUGAUAAUAAAAUAAACCCUAGACAACUCUCGUUUCUCAUCAUGGUUAUCAAACUAGUGUAAGAUUGUGAAUCAGUAUUGGUCGUGAAAGGCCUUUUAUACCACCGACAUUAAGUUGUGGUCAAAUACCGAAACAACAGUAAUCCAAUCGAAAUGAUAAGUUUCAACCAUUGAUCAUAUACUUUGUCGCGAGACGCGACUAUGUAUAUUCCAAAUCUAAAGACUUGCUAUUGUGUUGGAAACCACAAGUUCACGACUUGGUGUCGUGUGUUCAAGGAUGUUGCUGGUUCUGUGCUUUGGGCCCAUGGUGUGGUGUUUGAUGGGAUUGUGUCCCUGAUGCUUGCGGAAUUGCUAGCUUUGUGGGAAGCGGUCCAGAUGUUUGUGGAUGCUCAGUAUCAUCAGGUGUUUGUGGUGGGCGAUGCUAUGGUCAUUAUAGACAAGGUGGUGGCUGGGAGAACCGGAGAUUGCAGUGGAGGGGCCGUAUAUGAGGAUAUCCGACGACUCGUGGACUUGUGUCCGGAUGUGGAAUUUCAGUUUGUUGGCUGGCAGAACAAUACGGUAGCCUAUGGUGUGGCUAAAAAGGCCAUCUUUUUGUUUCCCCAGUAGGGUGUAAUGGGUCAGAUAAUAAACGUCUCCAUCUAAAUAAUGAGUACCAACUAGCAAGACAACAAACACAAGCACCACAAGAUCAUCAUAGUUCACAAACAUCAAAUAAACAAAGAGGAAUAGUGUACGAGGUUCGCUCGGUUGACUCAAAGUGAAGUCAGAGAGGGGGGUAACUUACGGUUGUUUACAAUAGGUAUGAAUUGGGAUAUUUGGAGUCUUUGGUUGGUUUUGAACCUUGAGACUUUUCCUCUUACGGGUCGUUUGCUUCGUGGAUUUGAAAAAUGAAGGUUUUGGUAAAAC